UCCUUAUGACCCUACAGCAGUUUGAGUGCUGUUGCCAUUUUUCUCUGCUGCCUGCUUCCUCCACACAUCAGUCAAAAUGACGUCUGGAAUUCAAGUCAACGACAAUGUCAAGACUUAUUUUGAAAAGAUGAAAGUGAACAAGACGAAUGACAACAGUGACAAGCGCAUACGACUGGUGACAUGUACCAUCCAGAAUGAUGAAAUCAAUGUGGACAAAGUUUUCACCCAAGAUAUGCUGGGCAAAGAUGGUGUCCCGGAGGAUGCCUACCUGGUCCUGGUGUCUCUCCUGCAUGAUAACGCAUGCUUCUACUUAAUGUAUGACUGCCACUUAGAAACCAAGGAAGGAAUUAAAAAGGAGGAGCUGGUCUUCGGGACAUGGAUUCCAGAAGACAUUGCGGUCAAACAGAAAAUGACCUACGCUUCAUCCAAACAAAAUGUCAAGAACGCUUGCAAGGGUGUCAAACACGAUGUGAGUGUGAACGACAGAGCAACGAUCAUGCCCAGGGAGGCUUUUGCAGAUUGUUUGGAAAGACUCACGCCCGCAAUUGUAUCGCUUGAGGGUGUACUUCUGAGUGGAGGUGGUGCAAAAAAAUAAACCUACUGAAAAUGAGUCUUCCCUCUUGUUUCAUCACAAGGUUGAUUGAAAGGGAGUUGAGGGGAUUAUGUCAAAGUUUGUGGACGAGUUCAACGAGGGAGGGUUGGACUCUGAUAUGGUUCCUGUUACUAAUUUUCUUCAAAUGCAAUCAUUCAUAUCCAUAGUUUUUUGAAGCUUGACUCUUGGUACAUGUUUAUUUCUCAAAUUUGUAUCUGCUGUUUUUAUGUAGCAUAGAAACAUUAUUUUUUUGGUCCCAGCAUUCUCCAGGACACACCUUUUUCCUGCCUUCAUUGAUUCAUUUAAAAAAACAAACUAGGCUAUUUAUUGUAACAAGAUCAAAAUGGUUGGGCCUGUACGUUUGGUAAAAAUCUGUUUUCUUCUGGACUCCUGUUAAAAUAAAAUAAAAAGUCAACUUUUGACAAAGUCAAGUGUCACUGAAAAUGCAGCAGUCGUUGCACUGUAUUCUCAAAUAAACUCAAAUGCAAUCAA